UCGGCUCAAGCUCUUUGCCCGCGGGCCUUUGCCUGGGCAAGAGUUUUGCCGAAUCCGAGAGAACUUGGUUUCUCUCCAACUAACGUAGCACAUUCACCAUGAUAUGUACAAUGAAGCUAGUCUGGUUGCUGCCCUUGGUGGACUUGGCCUUUGCGGCCAAGGUCAGACCUCUGGCAGCAAACCUCUCGUUGGAGUUGUUGGUCCAGGACCCUGGCCUAGCCUCCAAUAACACCCACCAUUGGAGCCUGGGUGAUAAGGAGGCCUUGGCCUUGCUGAAUGCGACCUCAAAUAGAACACAGAUGAGACGUCUUGAAGAGACGAGCGAAGAGGAGGAAGAGGAGUAUGACUAUCCGUCUGGACACGACAUGGAUGAGUUCGAUGACCCUUUGGACGAUGCUGAGGACUCAUCCUUUGCUUUGGAGCAAAGCUUUGGCAAUGCCUCUCUGAACGCUUCGGAGGAGUCGGAAUGGUGGUGCCGCGGGAACUGCCGCAAAUGCAAAAGGUGGAACCGAAGGGCAUGUACUGCAUGCCAUAGAGACUUCAAGUUGCAUCGGAGCAAAUGUCAUGAUCGGAGGUGUGGUGGCAACUGCAAGAGCUGCCCAGCCUUCAACCAACGGAAGUCCAAAAACCACUGCAACAGCUGCCAUGCUGGCUAUGUGCUGGUCGGCCGGGACUGCAAGAACAGCCACCGCGUGAAUUCCGGCUGGUCUAAGCGGGGAGACGACAAGCAAGCCCACGCUUGGUGUCCUAAGGGCAUGUAUGUCAAGAAGUGUUGGGGAGGUUUUAAGGGUGAUGGCAACUUUGUGGACAAAGAAGGGAGGCGCUGUGUCUCCCAAGCCACUGGUGGCAUGCGGGUGAAAGCACACGCCGACUGCUGGACGACCAAGACCGUGCCAGAGGUCCCUUCUGGUUGGAAGCGGAAUGAUAUCAAGACGACAUGCUCAACUGGUGACGCGAUUGGUUGCACAUGCUAUUCAGCUUGGCGUGUGAAGAACAAGUGCUAUGACUCCAACCACAAGAACAGCGCCGACUUCUUUGCCCCGACGAACGGUGAGUGCAAGCGCUGGACCCCCAACCAUGCCAGUAGGGUCUUCGCCCUGUGCUCCCACGCACCCUGCGGCGACUUCAACUGCGGAGGAGGAGCUGACCGGAUUCACAAUGCGAUCGGCUCCACGUUUGGCAAGUGUUGCAAGUGCAAGUCUGGCUUUAUAAAGGUCGGCGAUGCGUGCAAGACGGAGCACCGUGUGGACUCCGGCUGGUCCCACUGGGGUGACGACAAACGAGCGCAUGUCUGGUGCCCUGAGGGUAUGUAUGUCAAAAAGUGUUGGGGAGGCUUCGACGGCGAUGGAAACUUCGUGGAUAAGGGGGGGAGACGAUGCACUUCCCAAUCUACUGGUGGCAAACGUGUGAGGGCGCAUGCCGAUUGCUGGACGACCAAGACAGUGCCAGAGGUGCCCAGUGGCUGGAAACGGAAUCACAUCACCACGAAAUGCAAGACUGGAGAUGCCAUUCAAUGCACCUGCUAUUCAGCCUGGAGGGUGAAGAACAAGUGCUAUGCCCCCAACAAAAAGAACAGCGCCGACCAUUUUGCUCCGACCAACGGCGAGUGCAAGCGUUGGACUCCCAACCACAACAGCCAGGUCUAUGCAUUGUGCUCCCAUGCACCCUGUGGCAACUUCAAUUGCGGAUCAGGUGCCGAUCCCAUGCCCCAUGCCAUUGGCUCGACCUUUGGCAAAUGCUGCAAGUGCAAAGCGGGGAAGGUGAGAGUUGGCAACGACUGUAAGACGGAUCACCAUGUGGCAUCGGGGUGGUCUGCAUGGGGAGAUGACAAACGAGCAGAGGCUUGGUGCCCCGAGGGCAUGUAUGCCAAAAAGUGCUGGGGAGGCUUCAACGGCGAUGGAAACUUUGUGGAUAAGGGGGGGAGACGAUGCGUUUCCCAAUCUACUGGUGGCACUCGAGUGAGGGCGUUCGUUGACUGCUGGACCACCAAGACGGAGCCCCAGGGUACCCAUGGCUGGAAGAAAAAUCACAUUGCCGUAAGAUGCAAGAGUGGUGAUGCCAUUGGAUGCACGUGCUAUUCAGCCUGGCGUGUGAAGAACAAGUGCUAUGCCUCCAACCGGAAGAACUCCGCUGACUUCUUCACCCCCACCAACGGGGAGUGCAAGCGCUGGACCCCAAACCACAACAGCAAAGUUUAUGCCUUGUGCUCGCAAGCACCUUGUGGAGACUUUGCGUGCCCAGCAGGCUACACAAAGAAGGACCGCAAUACCAUCGGCUCCAGUGCGGCCAAGUGCUGUACCCCCGUGAGUUGCCCCGCUCACUCCUCUGGCACCGAUGUCCCGAGUGGCUGCAGCUGCCACACAGGGCGCAAGGGUGACAUCAAGGCCAGCACGCACCAUCCAUACUACACAGGCUCUUGUGACGCAGCGCCAUGCCCUUGGUGGACCAGCGGCACGGACGUCCUGGCUGGAUGCAGCUGUUGGUCGGGCUAUUUUGGCUCCAUCACAGCCAAACAAGGCAAACCGUACUAUUCAGGCGGCUGCAAGUCCGCUUUGGUGGGUGGUACCUUUGCCUUCCACAACGCGAAGCACAACCGCUUCAUCAAGCUUGACAAGCACGACAUGAAGCGCAGCCCUGGAAAGGCUGCUGACAAGCUGCCAGAUGGAUGGGGCGCCGAGCGCUUUGUGGUCAAGGAGGGUGGAGAAGGGCGCGUAGGAUUCUACAGUCCAGGCCGGAAGCAGUAUUGGCAGAUGCACAAGUCGGACAUGAGCAAAGCUGGCCACAUGGGGAGCUGGGAACUGUUCCGAGUGGUGGACGCUGGUGCUGGAGUUUUUGCCUUCCACAACUCCAAACACAACCGCUUCGCCCGCAUGAACAAGAAAACAAUGGACACGAGUGGCAAGAAGGGUGCAACAAGUUUGCCUGGUGGUUGGAGCUGGGAGCGCUUCAAGAUUGUGCAGGCUGUGCCGGGAUUCCGUCCCGGAACGAUCAUCGGGCUGUUUAACCACGACCGCUAUGUGAAGAUGACAAACUCGUGGACAUUGAGCGGCGGCUCGAGCACAGCAGACAAUCUCCCAGAAGAUGGACAGUAUCAGGUGGUGGAUGCUGGCAUGGGCCAGAUCGCCCUGUACAACCCUGCAAUGAAGAGCUAUAUCCAGUUGUCGAACAAGUGGGAAAUCGGACGAAGAACUGAUCUCACUGACGAGGCCCGCUUUACCAUCGUGGACCUUGGCAGUGGUAAGAUCGGGUUGCACAACGCCAAACGGAAUCGCUUCUUUGGCUUCUUCAAGAAUGGAAAGGUCGGCCGCAGCCCGGAGAAGGACGGUGAUGAGAUGCCCAGCAACUGGGAUGCAGAAAGGCUCACGGCACUCCAGAUCAUCAAGUGCAGCACUGGCAGCGAUUCAAAGUGCAAGACUUGCCUGGCGAUGAAAGACCGCAAGAAAGAAGAUGAAUGCGCCAGCUGCAACGACGGAUACUACCUGGACAAGGGUCAAUGCAAAGCAGCUUCCUGCCCCUGGUGGACAGCUGGUGCGAAUGUGCCCAGCGGCUGCACCUGCUGGACGGGCUACUUUGGAAGUAUCACAGCAACGUCCAGCAAACCAUACUACGAGGGAACUUGCAAGUCCGCUUUGGUGGGUGGUACCUUUGCCUUCCACAACGCGAAACAGAACCGCUUUAUCAAGGUUGGUAAGAACGACAUGGAGCGCAGCCCCACGAAAGCUGCCGAUGAUCUACCAGCUGGAUGGGGUUCAGAGAAAUUUGUUGUCAAGGAGGGUGGAGAAGGGCGCGUAGGAUUCUACAAUUCUGGCCGGAAGCAGUAUUGGAUGAUGCACCAUGCGGACAUGCGACGAAUUGGCCACAUGGGAAGCUGGGAGAAGUUCCGACUCGUGGACGCUGGUGCCGGCAAUGUGGCCUUGCACAACGAGAAGCACAACCGCUUCGUCCGCAUGAGUAAGAAAACCAUGGACACCAGUGGCAAAAAGGGUGCGAAAGAUUUACCUGGUGGCUGGACAUGGGAGGGCUUCAAGGUUGUGCAGGCCAUCCCGAAUCUCGAUUUGGGCACCAUCAUCGCGCUCCACUGUGGACAGAACAAUCGCUUUGUGCAGAUGAUCCACAACCGCAUGCAGGGACACUCUGACAAGCUGGAUGAUUUCAAUCCGGGCUGGUACAGUGUGCCACUCAAGGUGGUGGAUGGUGGCAAUGGACAACUUGCCUUCUACAACGAGAGAGCCAAGAAAUAUGUCAGCAUGACCGGAACGGAUGUGUCGCCAAGCUCUACCCUGGACGACCAGGCCAAGUUUACCGCUGUGGACAUGGGAAGCGGGAAGAUUGCCCUGCACAAUGCCAAGUACAAUCGCUUUCUGGCGAUGAGGUCGUCGGGCAACAUGGAACGCAGCGGCGUCAAGGAUGGGGAUGACAUUCCAAGCUCCGGCUGGGAGGAAGCGGUCUUCACCGUUCUGAAGUCCUUCAAUUGCAAGACCGGCAGCGGCGAGCUCUGCAAGUCUUGCCCGGUUCCAUCGCAGCGAGAGAAGCACAACGAAUGCACGAGCUGCAAUGCUGGCUACUACCUGGACGGCACUACUUGCAAGGCCUAUGACUGCGACAACAAGAAAUGUGCCACCUGCGUGGAUCAAGCCCAGCGGAAGGCCCACAACCAUUGCAGCACGUGCCACGGCGGCUCUGUCAUCGUUGGCCGAGAGUGCAAGAGCGAGCACGUGGUGAAGAGUGGCUGGUCGGCGACGCGGGAUGACCGCCGGGCGACCGCCGAGUGCCCUGCAGGCAUGUGGUUGAAGAAGUGUGAGAUCGAGAGGACGCAGAAUUGGGACUGGGGUGAUGGCGCCUUUGUGGAUGAAGAUGCCAAGAAAUGCACCGUUCAAACUGGCGCGGCGAAACAGAAGCUGAAAGCCAAGGCCACUUGCUCCACCACCCAGACGUACGGCAUGCAUUCUGCUGGCGGUAUGAAGGGAGGCAAGCGGCAGACGGACUGCCCAAAACCCAUCUCUUGCAUGUGUCACACACACUGGGAAGUUAGAAGGAAUUGUGAUAAGAAGCAAGCAGUCUUCAGCCCCUCUGGUGGCACCUGCCAACGCUCCAGCAAAAGCAAGAAGCAAGUGAAUGCCAUUUGCGAGAUCGCGCCCUGCUCCACGGGUUCCGGCAGCAAAUGCCGCAGCUGCAAGGACAUCCGCGACCGCAAGGCGGAUCAUCAUUGCGACAGCUGCAAUCCGGGCUACUAUAUCUCAGGCACCGGUUGCCAGGCCUACGCCUGCAACUCUCCCUGUGCGACCUGCGUGGCGCAGAACUUCCGCAAAAAAGACAACCAGUGCGCCAGCUGCGACAGCGGCCACACUCUGGUUGGGGAUCAGUGCAAGGCCUACGCAUGCAACACGGGCGGCGGCUCCAAAUGCAAGAGCUGCGUGGAGGUGUCCAAGCGCCAGAGAGACGACCAGUGCGCCACCUGCAACAGUGGUUACUUCCUGGAGGACGGUGAGUGUAAGCCCUACAACUGCAACACGGAUGUGUGCAAGAGCUGUGCGAAGCAAUCCGAGCAGAAGGGCCAUGCACACUGCGCUUCGUGCCACGAGGGCACAGCCCUUGUGGGCAGCGAAUGUAAGAGCGAGCACACGGUCACCAGCGGCUGGUCCCAAGCCAAAGACGACCGUCGAGCCACCGCCACGUGCCCGAAAGGUAUGUGGCUGAAGAACUGUGAGAUUCUCAGAAAUCAAAAUUGGGACUGGGGCGAUGGCGUCUUCGUGGACGACGACGCCACGAGCUGCACCGUCCAGACGGGCGCUGCGCGGAAGAAGUUGCGCGCCAAGGCCUCUUGCUCCACGACCCGAACCUACGGCUUGAAGUCGGAAGGCGGCAUGAAGAAAGGUGCCACACAAACCCACUGCGCCAAACCGUUGGCCUGCAUGUGCCACAGUCAUUGGGAAGCCCGAAAAAGCUGUGAUGGCAAGAAGUCACUCUUCAGCCCAUCCAAUGGCAUUUGCAAACGCAAGAGCAACGGCAAAAAGCAGGUGAAUGCCAUUUGCGAGAUCGCACCCUGCUCUACGGGCUCUGGAAGCAAGUGCAGGACCUGCAUGAAUUACCGCUUCCGAACAGCUGAGAACCACUGUGCUAGCUGCAACCCGGGCUACUACCUGGACGGCACCGUUUGCAAGGCCUACAAGUGUGGAUCCUCCUGCAAGACGUGUGUGGCUCAGGAGCAGCGCGUGGUCCAGUUUGAGUCCACGAAAGGAAAGAAGUGCAAGAAUACUCCUUUCACGUUCAACAGCGGCGUCGGCUGCGAUGGCUGGAGCCGCCUGACGGAGGCGGAGUGCACGCAGAAAUGCCUGGACAGCGAGCAAGCGAAGAACUGCCCACAAAAGCCUUGUGCAGCCCUUGCGUUCUACAAGAGCAGUGGUUGGUGCCACUUGUACGAGAAGUGCGAUGGUUUCGAGUCCGACAAGCAUGCGACAGCCCUGUUGCCACAGGAGACGGACUUCUGUGCCACCUGCAAUGGUGGUUUCUUUUUGGAAGAUGGAAUUUGCAAGCCCUACACCUGCGACACCGACAAAUGUGGCAGCUGCGUAGACCAGAAAGAUCGCACACAACACAACCACUGCAAGACGUGCAACGGCGGCUACUUCCUUUCGGGCAAGAAGUGCAAGGCAUAUGGCUGCAUCAAGGGCACUGGGGACAAGUGCAAGACUUGUGUGGUGCAAGGGAAGCGAAAGGAGGAUAGCCACUGUGCUGCCUGUAACGAUGGCUUCUACCUGCACAGCCGCGACUGCGAGGCGUUCACCUGCAAGGAGGGAAAGAACCGGCUUUGCGAGAGCUGCCGACCGCAAGACGAGCGGAAGAUGGAUGGCCACUGCUCCAGCUGCAACUUCGGCUACGUCCUGAAAGGCGAUGUUUGCCAGUCCGUGAUGGUUGGUUCAGUCAUCGCGAUCCACAACGCUGAAUGGAAUCGCUAUGUGAAGAUGACCUCCAACGACCUCACCUUGAGCCCGAAGAAGGGAGCGGACGAGUUCCCUGCUGGCUGGUCGGCUGAGAAGUUCUUGGUCAUCGAUGCCGGCAAGGGGCGUGUGGCGCUGAAGAACACACGGCAGAACAAGGUCAUCAGCAUCCAAUCCACGGGCGACUUGGUCCCCGCGGAUCUGCCAGUGCCGCAGUGUGUGGAUGGGAAGUUCGGCCUGAACUUCUGCUCCCAGUGGUGCAACCACGAGGGCUUCUGGGGAUGUGGCAUCUCCAAGUUGAUAGGAAAGGAUGGCCGAAACACCGACAACCAGGACUACACUUGCGACUGCUCUGGCUGCUCUGGCUGCGCCGAGAGCCCAAGCAGCUGGGUGCCAGUGUGGACGGGCAAGAAUGGUGAGGUGGCUUUCCACUCACCUUCUGGCAGUGCUUGGAUGAUGAUGACGGAGGACAACAUGUGGGGCAAAACCAGCUACACCGCAGAGCAGAUCAUGGGCUCUUGGACUCGCUACAAGGUCGUGCAGCCACAUCCACUCUUGGCCGAUGGCUCGAUCAUCGCUUUGCACUGCGGCAAGCACAAGAAGUUCUUGAGCAUGGGCAACAGCGACAUGAGCUCCACCAAGGUCAAGGGCAAGAACAACUUCCCCGACAGUUGGCUCUCAGCCAAGUUCCGCGUGGUGGACGCGGGCUUCGGACAGAUCGCCCUGUACAGCGACAAGCAUCAACGCUUCAUCCGGCUUCAUGGCAAAGACUUGAAGCGCAGCUCCAAGCAGGCAGACAAGAAGCUCCCGGGUGAUUGGGCGGACGAGCGCUUCACGGUGGUCUACGCCGACGGAAAGCUGGCCUUCCACAACCCCACCUUCAAUCGCUUCCUGCGGAUGAACAAGAACGGGGCCGACACCAGCUCUGUGAGGAAUGCAGAAGACCUCCCAGACGGCUGGAGCUGGGAACGCUUCGAGCUGGUCAACGCCAAGUUCACCUGUGCCACGGGUGACGGCUCGUCGUGCAAGACCUGUAAGAAUCCCAAUGACCGCACUGUGGACGACCACUGCGCCAGCUGCAACGAUGGAUGGAAGCUGGUGGGCACCAGCUGUGAGGCGGUGCCGUGCCCAGCGGACUCCACGGGUAGCAGCGUGGGAAGUGGAUGCAGCUGCAAUGCAGGCUUCAGUGGCACCAUCGAACCCACAGGCGACAGUCCUUUUUUCAAAGGUUCCUGCAGUGCCGUGGCUUGCCCAUCUUGGACGGAUGGCAAGAAUGUGCCAAGCGGCUGCGCCUGUUGGAAAGGAUACUUCGGCUCCUUGCAAGCCACUAGCAGUCAGCCCUACUACACCGGUAGCUGCAAGUCUGCCUUGGUGGGCGGCACCUUCGCGCUGCACAACGAUGCCAACAAUCGUUUUGCCAAGAUGGUGAGCAACGACAUGAGCCGCAGCCCCAAGAAGAAAGCAGAAAGCUUGCCGGAUGGCUGGAGCUCGGAGCGCUUCCAGGUGGUCGAGGGUGAUGCGGGGCGAGUGGGCCUGAAGAGCAUCAAGUACAACAAGUAUGUGUGCAUGGAUCACUCGAACAUGAAGAAUGUGGGCCACCUCAAGAACUGGGAGAAGUUCCGCGUCUGGGACGCCGGCGACGGCUCGGUGGCCUUCCACAACAGCAACCACAACCGCUUCAUUCGCCUGGGCGACCGUGCGCUGGACACCAGCGGCAAGAAGAACGUCCGUGACUUGCCCAGUGGCUGGAGCUGGGAGCGUUUCGAGGUCGUUCAGGCGGUCCCUGGGCUUCCCACAGGCAGCACCAUUGCGCUGAACUGCCACAAACGCUUCCUUCAGAUGAGCGGCCAACAGCAGUUGGAUGGCCGCUCUGCUGCCGUAGAUCAACUGGCGGAUGACUGGGAAUCCGUGCGCUUCGAGGUGGUGGAUGCUGGUCAUGGCCAAAUCGCCCUGUUCAACACCAACCUGAAGAGCUUUGUGGAGAUGACUGGCAAGGAUGUCUUGCGCAGCGAAGAGACCUCGAAGACAGGGGUGUCGGAUGAGGCGCGCUUCACCGUGGUGGACAUGGGCUCCGGAAAGAUUGCCCUGCACAACGCCAAGUACAACCGUUUCGUUGGCAUGAGGGCGUCCGGUGAGGUGGUCCGUAGCCAGGAGAAGGAUGGCGACGAGCUCCCCAGCACCUGGACGGAUGCGAUCUUCAAGGUGGUUCAGGCCUACAAAUGCCAGACGGGCAGCGGUCAGAUGUGCAAGAGCUGCGUGGCGCCAGGAAAGCGCGAGGCUGAAAAUCACUGCGACAGCUGCUACGCGGGCUACGCCUUGGUCGGUCGCACAUGCAAGGAUGAGCACGUGGUCACCAGCGAGAAGUCCGCCAAGGCAGAUGACAAGCGCGCAGCUGCUCAGUGCCCUGAAGGCAUGUGGCUGAAGAAGUGCGAAAUGAAGAAGGGUGGCAACGACUGGGGCGACGGCGCCUUCGUGGACGAUGCCUCCACCACGUGCACCGUGCAGACGGGCACCACGCGGCAACCGGUCAUCGCGAAGGCCACUUGCAGUACCACCAAGACCUACGGCAUGAAGUCUCAAACUGGCUGGGCUCGAGGCAACCUCAAGGUGCCUUGCCCCAAAGCCAUCGCUUGCACAUGCUACAGCGCCUGGACGGUGAACGGCGAAUGUGGAAACGUGGCGGUCUUCAACCCGGAGAAUGGCAUUUGCUCAGGAAGUGGUGGAAAGAGGCAGCUCAAUGCGAUUUGCGAGAUCGUGUCUUGCUCCACUGGCUUGGGCGACAAGUGCAAGACCUGCAAGGACGUGCGUGACCGACAGGCGGAGGAUCACUGCGACAGCUGCAAUCCGGGCUACUACAUCUCAGGGACCUCAUGCAAGGCCUAUAGCUGCGAGAAGGGCAGCGGAUCGGCCUGCAAGACCUGCGUGGCGCAGGCCAAGCGUACGGCGGAUGACCAGUGUGCCUCCUGCAACCCUGGAUGGGCGUUGGUGGGCACCGUGUGCAAGAAAGAGCACAAAGUGACGUCGUCCUGGUCGAAACGCGGCGACGACAAGCGGACCAGCGUGGAUUGCCCUGCAGGAAUGUGGGUGAAGAAGUGCUGGGGAGGCUUCGACGGAGACGGCAAUUGGGUCUCCAACAACGGCAAGACCUGCAAUUCCCAAGCCACCGGCGGCAUGCGGGUGAAAGCGCACGCGGACUGCUGGACCACCGAGACCUUGCCCGAGGUCUCGGGUCGUCACUGGAAGAAGGGCCGCAUCACCGUGGACUGCAAAGUGGGCGAUGCCAUCGGCUGUACCUGCUAUUCGGCCUGGAGGGUGAAGAACAAGUGCUUCGCCGCGAAUGGGAAGAACAGCGAAGCCAGCUUUGCUCCGGUGGACCACAAGUGUACCCGUUCGACCGGUGGCCACCGAGUGAAGGUCUUUGCCCUUUGCUCGCAGGAGAAGUGCGCCUCGUACGAAUGCCCCGAAGGCUACGACCCCAAGCCUGCCAGCACCAUUGGCUCCAGCACUGACAGCUGCUGCAGUGUAGUGACAUGCCCUGCCGGAUCUGCGGGCGAGGGAGUGCACAGUGGAUGCACCUGCCAAGCAGGCUACACGGGAUCCAUCGAGAAGAGUGGCACUGCUCCAUUCUUCAAAGGAUCUUGCGAUGCGGUUCAGUGCCCCAAGAACAGCCAUGGGACGUCGGUGGUGGAUGGCUGCACCUGCGACACAGGCUACAGCGGUGAGAUCAAGGCCUCGACGGAGAGCCCCUUCUUCACCGGGAAGUGCAAGAAGACCUGCGCACUCUACACCUGCCCCAAAGGUUGGAAGCCGAAGGCGGAUAGCGUGGUGGGUGCCUCGCGCAAGGCCUGCUGUGAGCUCGUCAAGUGUCCCUCAGGUUCGAGUGGCGAGAGCGUGGUGGACGGUUGCAGCUGCAAGGCCGGCUUCUCUGGCACCAUCAGUGCCUCCAGUGCCAGCCCGUACUACACUGGGUCCUGCAGCUCAGUGCAGUGCCCCAGCCACUCGGAGGGCGCCAAUGUGCCCAAGGGAUGCAGCUGCAAAGCGGGCUACAAAGGCUCCAUCGAGGCUUCGACCACGGAUCCCUUUUACACCGGCGAGUGCUCGGCGGUGGCCUGUCCCGCGAAUUCUGCCGGCACGGAUGUGCCCAGUGGCUGCGCGUGCCUGGCCGGUUUCAGCGGCUUGGUAGCGGCCUCGUCGAAGAAACCCUUCUUCACCGGUGGUUGCGCCUCUGUGGACUGCCCAGCCCACAGCGAGGGGAAGGAUGUCGCCAGUGGCUGCAGCUGCCUGCCCGGGUUUGCGGGCAGCAUCGGUGCAACCACGGCCUCGCCCUUCUUCGUGGGCGAAUGUACUGCCGUGGCCUGUCCAGUUCACUCCACAGGAACCGAUGUGCCCAGCGGAUGCAAGUGCAAAGAUGGCUACAAAGGCACCAUCAAAGCCACCACCGCGGAGCCCUUCUACGAGGGCGUUUGCACGCCGGUGGCCUGCCCAGCGAACUCUGCCGGCAACAACGUGCCCGGUGGCUGCGAGUGCCUGGCAGGCUUCUCGGGUAGCAUCACAGGCGACGACACCAAGCCGUGGUACGAGGGGAGCUGUACGGCUGUGAGCUGCCCUAAGGGCUCUUCAGGCACCGAUCUGCCUACGGGCUGCACCUGCAAAGCGGGCUUCAGCGGCAGCGUUACCGCAACGAAAAAGACACCCUACUUUUCGGGUGGCUGCGACGCCGUGUCCUGCCCUGACAAUUCUGAAGGAAAAAAUGUGCCACGUGGCUGCAGCUGCAAGACGGGCUACACCGGCACCAUUACGGCGACCAGCAGCUCUCCUUUCUUCUCUGGGGAGUGCAAGGCCACUUGCAGCCUCUUCACUUGUCCUCAGGGAUGGAAGCCGAAGCCCGGCGACACCAUCGGAGACACCCAGGAGCUCUGCUGCGAGACCGUGGCCUGCCCGGGCAACUCGGCCGGCGCUUCGGUGAGCGCUGGCUGCAGCUGCGACGCCGGCUUCUCGGGGGCGGUGACCCCGAGCUCCAAGAGCCCCUUCUACGAGAACGGCUGCACGGCGGUUCAAUGUCCGGUGCACUCCACUGGAAAGACCGUCCCCAGCGGCUGCUCCUGCAAUGCAGGCUACAGUGGCAGCAUCACAGCCAGCAGUCAGACGCCCUUCUUCGCCGGCAGCUGCGAGGCGGUGGCUUGCCCAGAUCAUUCAUCUGGGGCUGACGUGCCCAGUGGCUGCAAGUGCCAUGCUGGAUUCUCCGGUGCCGUCCAGGCCACGACCACUGCACCGUUCUUUACCAGCACCUGCAAAGCGGUGGCCUGCCCUGCCAACUCUGUCGGCACGGACGUGGCGAAUGGCUGCCAGUGCCAGGCGGGCUACAGUGGGAGCAUCGAGGCCUCGCAGAAAGCCCCCUUCUACACCGGCAGCUGCGAUGCGGUCGCCUGCCCCAAGAACGCCAAGGGCACUGACGUCCCCAGCGGAUGCACAUGCAAGGAUGGCUUCAGCGGAAGUGUCUCUGCAAGCACUGCGGCUCCCUACUACACCACGACAUGCACCCCUGUGGAGUGCCCUGAGAACUCAGCAGGUCAAAACGUGCCUAAGGGCUGCAUUUGCAAUGCCGGCUACACUGGCAUCAUCGCUGCGGCCCCGCAAGGCUUCACUGGCAAGUGCAGCCCAGCAGCCUGCCCGGAUCACUCAAGCGGUACUGAUCUCGUCAGUGGCUGCACGUGCAAUCCAGGCUACUUCGGCACCGUCACGGCCAAGAUUGGAAGCCCCUUCUUCGAUGGUGGUUGCCAGGCCUGGUCCUGUGCGCCUGGCAGUGGCACCCAGUGUCAGAGCUGCGUGGAGCAAGCCAAGCGAACGCAGGCAGAGCACUGUGGCAGCUGCAAUGUCGGCUACUACAUCGAUGAGCCCAGCUGUAAGGCCAUGACCGCAGACCAGAAAUGUGGAGGCCCUACAUGUGCCAAGAACUGCCACGGGGAGAAGUGCGGCUUCAAAUGUGCCGGAUCGCUCUUCGGGCAAGAGGAGUGCGCCAGGGCUUGUGACGGCGCCUCCUGUGGUUAUCAGUGCACUGGUGGAAAUUGCGCUUCCAGCUGCAAAGGAGACAAAUGUGCCUAUGAAUGCACUGGUGGCAAGGAUGUGCAACAGUGCGGUAUGGGCUGUGUAGGCAUGGAAUGCGCCUACUAUUGCCAAGGCACUGAGUGUGCCAAGCAGUGCGAUGGCGACCGCUGCGGCAGCUACUGCAGCGGCGAAUCUGGCCCGGGACCCGCCCAGACGCAAUGUGGCUUCGAGUGUAUCGGCACCAUGUGUGCAGCGCAGUGCAGCGGAGAACGCUGCGCUUACCGCUGCCAGGGCUCGCAUGAGGACGUGGGCAGUUGCGGCACCAAGUGCCAGGGCACCGAGUGUGCCUAUCGUUGCGAGGGGAGCAGCUGCGCCGAGCUCUGCCAAGGCGAGCGGUGCGGCUACGGCUGUGCCAGUGGCAACGGCGCCAGCCAGACUUGCGCCAAAGGGUGCCACGGGGAGGAGUGUGGUGCUCAAUGUGAGGGUGCUGCCUGUGCGGCCAGCUGCCAGGGUCCAAAGUGUGCCUAUGAGUGUUCUGGUCAGCUUGGGGAUCUGCAGACCUGCGGCCUCGAGUGCGUGGGCACCAUGUGCGCGGCCAAGUGCCAAGGUGCUGAGUGUGCCAAGGGGUGCCAGGGCGACUUCUGUGGAAAGGAAUGCAGUGGCAGCACAGGUGACAAGUCUCACUGCGCGGCUGGCUGUGUGGGCCGCCGCUGCGCUGCGAAGUGCAAAGGAGCUUAUUGCGCCGCCGGCUGCGAAGGAGUUGGCUGCGCCAACGGUUGCGAAGGUGACCAUUGCGAUCAAGGAUGCAAAGGCGAUCAUUGCUCCAAAGGAGCUGCGCCUGCAUCCACGUGUGAAGAGGCCUUGGCUGCCAACCCUGGGCUGUGUGGCCUCAAAUCCUCCUACAAGGAUGAGGUCCUUUUUGCCGGCGAAGAUGCCAAGGAUGUUUGCUGUAGCAAGACCGACUGCCCUGACGGGUAUGAGCUGGUGGACGGCUCCUGCGAGAAGCCCAAAUGCAAGGGCACGUUGGUGCAAGGUUGUUACCUCAGCAGUUACUCCGAGUGCGAGAGCACUUACAUCAAAUACGAGACGGAGUACAUCCAGUGCGGUGUGAGCGGUCCCAACUGCCUUUCAAACGCUGUUUGUAUCUUUGACGGAUGA